AUGACGCAACCAUCGACUAAAAAAAGGGAAGUGCUCUUGAAUAUAAUAGAAUUAUACAAAGACAUGCCAUAUCUUUGGGAUAAAAAACAUAAGGACUAUAAUAACAAAGAUAUAAGAAAUGAUGGAAACAAAGUGCUUCUUGAAGUUUACAAAGGAUUCGAUAGCAACGUGACAGUGAAAAAUUUAGUAAAAAAAAUUCAAAAUUUAAGAACCGGUUACUUUAAGGAAUUAAAAAAGGUAAAAGAAUCGAGUCGCACUGGAGCUGGAGCUGACGAGGUGAAAUUUCGACCUCAUCAUCUGAAACCGAAAGUGUACGAAGAUCUGAGUCAGCGUCUCCACAAAAGAAAAAGAGACUUACGAAAGCUAGCUUACUGCAAAAGCAUGAUUCCUUUUACCUGGUUGGUAAUAGAAAUAUUCUUCACCUUAUCUGAGGGACACGAUCCACUUCCUGGUUUAGAACUAGGCACCUUACCCUUGGGGAUAUUACCAUUUAAUGGCCAGGAGUUCGAUUACAUAGUGGUUGGAGCGGGCGCAGCGGGUACGGCAGUGGCAAGCCGACUCUCAAUGGCGGGAAAGGACGUUUUGUUAAUAGAAGCUGGUGGAAAUCCUACCUUGGAAACAAGGAUUCCUGGCGCUACAAUGGCAUUAAUGGGUAGUGGAGUUGACUGGUAUUACAAAACCAUUCCUAAUAAUGUAUCUUGUCUUUCGUCGAUCGACCAACAAUGCCGUUACAGUCACGGAAAAUGUUUAGGUGGUUCCACGAGUAUUAACUACAUGAUGUACGUACGAGGGAGUCGCAAUGAUUUUGAUACUUUGAAUAUCACUGGUUGGACUUGGAAAGAUAUGAAACCAUACUUUUUUAAAUAUGAAGGUUUGGAGAAUUUUGAUCGUCUACCGUUAACUUCUGAGCCCUACCAUAACACUGAGGGUUUGGUUCGUGUUGGAUUUUUUGAAGACCCAAAAAAUGAUUGGCAUGGGAGAAUGAUCGGAGGUUAUACAAGUUUAAAUUUGCCUUACAACGAGGAUGUAAAUGCAUUAAGUCAGAUUGGUGUAAGUAAAAUCUUAGGCUACGUGUCUAGCGGAGAACGCGUCAGUACAGCUAGAGCAUAUCUCACUAGAAAGGAUGUCAAGAAAAAUCUAAAACUUGCUAAAAAUACGUUUUGCACUGGGGUCAUAAUAGAUCGGAAUCGAGUAGCAAAAGGUGUAACAGUGAAGUACUUAGACUUUCCAUUAAGUUUGAAGGCAAGAAAAGAAGUUAUUUUGUCAGCAGGUGGUAUUGCAACACCCCAAAUAUUAAUGCUUUCAGGCAUUGGGCCAGCUGAUCAUUUACGUGAUUUUAAGAUACCUGUUCGAAUAAACUUGAAUGUAGGUGAUGAUAUGAGUGACCACGUAUUCCCUUUGCUUUUUAUUAAAGUUAACAGAGAUAUAGACAAAUAUUCAGCUUUAUUUACUUUAAUGACUCAAGUAACAGCAGGUGUUGAAUGGUUGACCACACAUAAAGGUUCCCUGGCGUCGAAUGGUCUUACCGACGUAACGGCAUUCGUCAACACAAAAUGUUACGAUUUUCACAAUAAACGGCUCACAAAUGAUAGCGCUGAAUGCGAGUUACCAACUUUACAGCUCAUACAUGGGUUUAUACCAAGAACACUGUUGGUUGUCGGUAGGCCAUUAAUAUCACGCGGGCUGCAUUUUAAUAAUGAAGUGUUAGAUCAAUUAGUUGAAGUGAAUAAAAAAUAUGCGUUCAUAGUCAUGUCUCCAGUGGUGCUGCAACCGGCGUCAAGAGGAACUGUACGUCUAGCAAGUGCCGAUCCACUCGUUCCACCUGCUAUAACACCAAACUAUUUACAAAAUGAUACAGAUGUAGACGAAAUGGUGCGUGCUAUCAAUUUCGUUGAAGACCUUUUAGAAACACCACAAUUUAGGCAACAGAAGGCGUCUCUUCUUCGUCUUAACUUAUCCGGCUGCAUAGGUUUGAAUGGCAAUGAUUAUUGGCGAUGUUAUUCGAGACACAUGACAUAUUCAGUGUACCACGCAGUGGGUACAGCAGCACUUGGGAGAGUGCUAGACGAAGAACUGCGAGUAAUUGGUAUUAAAAAUUUGCGGGUAGCGGAUGCGUCUGCGAUGCCUAAUCUACCUCGCGGAAAUACUGCUGCGACUGUGAUAGCUUACGGUGAAAGACUUGCUGAUAUUUUGUUAAAAUCUAGAUGA